CUGCUCCCUCCGUAUCAAGAAGCCUCAUCUAGAUCACUUGAUGCUAUAAAUUGCUCUCUCCUCCACCCACAUUCCCCAACCUACUGCCUUUCCUUCUUCUGUUCUUCCAUUUCGCAUCUUUCCCUUUAUUACUCCAUUUGGGUUUUAGUUGGAGUUGUUUGACCAUGGGUACUGAGUCUGUGGAAAUACUUUAUCCAAAUGGAUUCUCUAAACUUUGCAAUGAAUCCCAUCAAACCAUCAUCCAGGAGAGCCACCCCCACCCUGUUGAUGAUUAUUGGUAUGAGGAAACCAUUGAUGAUGAUCUCAAAUGGUCCUUUGCUUUGAACCGAGUAUUGCAUCAGGGCACAAGCAUUUAUCAGGAUUUUGCCCUUUUGGACACUAAACGUUUUGGGAAGGUCUUGAUUAUUGAUGGGAAGAUGCAGAGUGCCGAACUUGAUGAAUUUAUUUACCAUGAAUGCUUGAUUCAUCCGGCUCUCCUAUUUCACCCAAACCCCAAAACUGUUUUCAUUAUGGGGGGAGGAGAAGGGUCUGCUGCAAGGGAAGCGCUGAGGCAUAAAUCCAUUGAAAAGGUUGUCAUGUGUGAUAUCGACGAGGAAGUGGUCAAUUUCUGCCACAGAUUCCUGCUAGUAAACCAGGAAGCAUUUUCUAACAAGAAGCUCAAACUCGUUAUCAAUGAUGCCAAGGCUGAAUUGGAGAAGAGGACUGAGAAAUUUGAUGUCAUAGUUGGAGACUUAGCAGAUCCGGUUGAGGGAGGACCAUGCUAUCAACUCUACACAAAAUCAUUCUAUGAGAGAAUUCUCAAGCCUAAGCUCAAUCACAAUGGCAUCUUUGUUACUCAGGCUGGACCGGCUGGAAUUUUUACCCACAAGGAGGUCUUUUCAUCUAUAUACAAUACAAUCAAACAAGUGUUCAAGUAUGUGAGGGCUUACACAGCUCAUGUACCAUCUUUUGCUGAUACCUGGGGAUGGGUUAUGGCCUCAGACCAACCCUUCUCUAUUAGUGCUGAGGAGAUUGACAGUAGAAUUGCAGAAAGAGUUGGUGGUGAAUUGCAAUACUUAAAUGGGGCUUCACUCAUUUCCUCUUCCACCAUGAACAAAACUGUUUAUCUCUCGCUGUUGAAUGAAACUCAUGUCUACACAGAAGAAGAUGCAAGAUUCAUACCAGGGCAUGGAAUUGCUUACCGCCAUUGACGUCUGGGACCUAGGCUUGGGGGAUUGUUGUACAAAAAAAACCAAAGAAAAGGGUUUGAAUAAAUGUAAGAUGGCAGA